AUGACACAAGAAAGCGACUCAGUAGCCGGGGCUACCAUCGAACUCCUGGAGGCGCGCCUCCGCCGCAUUGCAUACCUCCUGGGCGGCGCGACCGACUGGACAGGAGUCCCAACAAUGCCGGAGAAACCCUCCUCCCACGAGGAAAGCGUAUCGCGCCGACUGGCACGCUUGGAGAAGGAAUUGGCUAAACUAAGCCGCAAUGUCCCCGCCGUGCGAGACGUGAUCCAACUUCAUGACCAAUUUCCCGACCUCUUUCAAGCACCCACCCCAGAAGAUGUCCCCGAGGGCCUCUCAAGUCGGGCACUUGCCUCUAUUGUCCUCUCCUAUGCAACCGCCUUCCCAGAAACGGCUUCCCGCCUUACAUCCCUCAAUGAUCUCCCCAUCCCGACCCCGAGAAAGGAGCAAGCACAGGCUAUAUCCGAACUGCGGGUGCGUACAGCGAGGGUGUUACAGCGGUGGUAUGAGGUUGGGCUUGUUGGGAGCGGAGAGUGUUGGGCGGAGUGGGAAGGAAGAAUUGAAAAUGUGGAAAGAGAGGUUAGGCGGAGAGAGGUCAUUAAGGCGAGGAGGGAGAAUGAGAUCUAA